AUGCAAGCCCUUCGACAUGAGAUUCUUCCACCCAGCGGUGUAGAGUAUGCUGCGUGUCUGAAGCUGACUCCCGCUACUGUAGCGAAUAGCGAUCCUUCGACGAGUCAGGCGACAGGCAAGGUCCUCUUCAACGUCGUGGUAGCCCGGUCCAACUUCUUGCGCGUAUUCGAGGUGCGAGAGGAAGCACCGCCAAUCUCCACUAUAAAAGACGAAGAGCGCGAGAGACGUGCUAGCGUCCGCAGAGGCACAGAGGCGGUCGAGGGAGAAGUGGAAAUGGAUGCAUCUGGCGAAGGUUUCGUGAACAUGGGUUCGGUCAAGAAUGGCACAGCCAACCCGCCGACCGUCAAACGCUUCUAUUUCGUUCGCGAACAUCGUCUCCAUGGCACUGUUACUGGUAUGGAGAGCAUCCGUAUAGUCAGUUCCCAAGAAGACGGAUUAGAUCGCUUGCUUGUAUCUUUCAAGGACGCAAAAAUUGCUCUCCUAGAAUGGUCCGAUGCCGUCAACGAUCUCUUGACAGUCUCGAUACAUACAUACGAACGGGCACCUCAGAUGAUGGCCCUCGAGGCGCCGCUCUUUCACUCGCAACUCCGCACAGACCCAUUGUCACGCUGCGCGGCAUUGAUGUUGCCAAAAGACUCGUUAGCCAUCCUGCCGUUCUACCAGUCCCAAGCCGACCUGGACAUUAUGGAGCAAGAUACUCAGACGAGCUGCAGAGACAUUCCUUACUCACCGAGUUUCGUUCUCGACAUGACCACGGAUGUUGAUGAACGGAUCAAGCAUGUUAUCGACCUGGUAUUCCUGCCCGGAUUCAAUAGCCCAACGAUUGCAGUGCUAUUCCAGAACACGCAGACUUGGACUAGUCGGCUCCGAGAGUACAAGGACACUGUGGGCUUAAUUAUUUUCACUUUGGAUCUCGUCACUCGCAACUGUCCAGUACUCACCGCUGUCGACAAUUUGCCCUAUGACUGCCUCUACCUCGUUCCGUGCUCGGCCCAACUCGGUGGCGUCGUGAUCGUGUCUGCAAACGCCCUGAUAUAUGUAGCCCAGACAUCGAGGCGGGUUAUUUUACCAGUCAAUGGCUGGCAGGCGCGCGUCUCCGACCACCCGCUUCCUCAGUUGACCGAAGAGGAGAAAAGCCGGAACCUGAAGCUAGAGGGCUCAUAUGCGGUAUUCGUGGACGACAACAAGUUGUUCGUGCUACUGAGCGACGGAACAGUGUAUCCGAUGGAGGUGCAUGCCGACGGGCGCACAGUGUCGCGGCUCACCAUGGGCUCGGCUCUGGCCCAGACAACCAUUCCUGCGAUAGUCCGGCGCGUAACGGACGAAAACCUGUUCAUUGGCAGCACGGCCGGGCCCUCGGUGUUGCUGAAGACUUCACAUGUGGAAGAAGAUGUUAAAGAGGAAGAUGUUGAGAUGGACACCGCGCCCGCAGCUGUUGUUGACGAAGCAAACGAGAUGGAUCUGGACGACGAUGACGGUGAGCUUUGUCACUGGGUUCACUUCGCAAAGAAGCGCACAGUAGUUCACUUGUCGUUAUGUGAUAGCAUCCCCGCGUACGGACCUGUUUCCGACAUGACCUUCUCCUUGACGCGAGUAGGGGAUCGUCCUGUCGCGGAGCUUGUCGCAGCCACAGGUUCAGGCGGCCUGGGUGGCUUCACAUUGUUCCAGCGAGAUCUGCCGUCGCGCGUGAAGCGCAAAUUACAUGCCGUCGGCGGUGGUCGUGGAAUGUGGUCGCUCGCAGUGCGACAGGCCGUCAGAGUGAAUGGCUCGACGUAUGAGAGGCCGUCAAACCCGCAUCACGGUGGAAAUGAUGCUGUCAUCAUCAGCACGGACGCCAACCCGUCGCCGGGUUUGUCGAGGAUCGCGUCUCGCUCCUCAAAAAGCGAUAUCCAGAUUACCACGAGAAUACCCGGCACAACGGUCGGAGCUGCUUCCUUUUUCCAAGGGACAGCGAUUCUACAUGUGAUGUCGAAUGCCAUUCGAGUUCUUGAGCCCGACGGCACCGAGCGCCAAAUCAUCAAGGACCUCGAUGGCAGCGUCCCUCGUCCGAAGAUCAGAUACUGUAGCAUGUGCGACCCCUUUAUCAUGGUCAUCCGUGAGGACGAUUCGCUUGGUUUGUUCAUCGGCGAGCCCGAACGUGGGAAGAUCCGGCGCAAGGAUAUGUCGCCUAUGGGUGAAAAGACUUCGAAAUACAUUGCUGGGUGCUUCUUCAUGGACACGACGGGGAUCUUCCAGUCCCGGGUUAACGCAGCAGCGGCAGCAGCAGACAAGAAUGUGACGUCAACGUUGCAGACGGUGAUGAAUGCGGGCACGAGGACACAGUGGUUGCUGCUUGUGCGGCCUCAGGGCGUCCUUGAGGUAUGGUCACUGCCGAAGCUGGCGCUAGUCUUUUCUACGUCGCAUGUCUCGGCGCUAGAGAGCGUGCUUGUAGACUCUGGAGAUUCGCCGGCGUUGUCGUUGCCGCAGGACCCUCCACGCAAACCUCAAGAUCUUGACGUUGAGCAGAUCGCGAUUGCGCCUCUGGGCGAGUCGUCUUCGAAGCUGUACCUCCUUGUCUUCCUUCGAUGUGGACUCUUUGCAGUCUACGAAGCUCUGCCGGCUCCAGCAUCUACUGAUCCUCCUCCACCCACACGCACAUCCACUCUGUGCGUCAAAUUUGUGAAGGUCGUCACCCGAGCAUUCGACAUUCAGCAGUCGGAAGAAGUCGAGAAGUCGGUUCUUGCGGAGCAGAAGCGCAUCUCACGGCAGCUCAUACCCUUCGUCACUUCUCCCACCCCAGGACGGGCCUUCUCUGGAGUCUUCCUUACUGGCGAUCGGCCCUGCUGGAUUCUCUCGACGGACAAGGGCGGUGUCAAAAUCAUGCCUUCAGGCCACCAGGUGGUCCACGCCUUCACUGCAUGUUCGCUGUGGGAGUCCAAGGGCGACUUCUUGCUGUACUCGGACGAGGGUCCGAGCCUGAUCGAGUGGGUUCCUGAGAUACAGUUCGAGGGACACCUGCCCUCGAGGUCUAUACCGAGGCCUCGACCGUAUUCACAUGUCGUCUUCGAACCCACCACGACACUUCUAGUGGCGGCAUCUUCCCUGCAGUCUACCUUCACAUCAUAUGACGAAGACCGGAAUGUGGUCUGGGAGCCUGAUGAGCCGAACAUGUCCCUCCCUGUCUGCGAGACCUCGGCCCUCGAGCUCAUAUCUCCGGAUACGUGGACCACCAUGGACGGGUAUGAAUUUGCUCAAAAUGAAUUCGUGACUUGUAUGGAAUGCAUUACGCUUGAAACACUGAGUACAGAGACCGGGACCAAGGACUUCGUCGCUGUCAGUACGACUAUCAACCGCGGAGAAGAUCUCGCUGUUAAGGGCGCUGUCUACAUCUUUGAAGUUGUCGAGGUCGUCCCUGAUCCAGCGAUGGGCCAGAAACGGUGGUACCGUCUCAAAUUGCACUGUCGUGAUGAGGCCAAAGGUCCUGUGACGGCACUCUGCGGCAUGGAUAAUUACCUGGUAUCAUCUAUGGGACAAAAGAUUUUCGUCCGAGCCUUGGAUUUAGACGAACGACUAGUCGGAGUUGCUUUUCUGGAUGUCAGCGUCUAUGUUACCUCGCUACGAGCGGUGAAAAAUCUGCUGGUGAUUGGAGAUGCUCUGAAGGGUGUCUGGCUUGUCGCGUUCCAGGAGGAUCCGUACAAGCUAGUUGUCCUUGCCAAGGACUACUACCCGAUCCCGGUGGCUUGCGCAGAUCUGUUCUUCGCAGACGGAAAGGCAUCACUCAUCUCGUGUGAUGAAGAGGGUGUGCUCAGGCUCAGCGAAUAUGAUCCUCAUGAUCCCGAGUCGAGACAUGGCCAACGCCUCCUGUGUCGCACGGAAUUUCAUGGCCAGACAGAGUAUCGCACUUCACAUCUCAUCGCGCGUCGUGGCAAAGGCUUGGACGCGGAAAUACCGCAAGCGAAGUUAAUUUGCGGUCACACCGAUGGAUCGUUGACAUCCCUCACCUACGUUGACGACGCGGUCUCGAAACGGCUCCACCUGCUGCAGGGGCAGCUGGCCCGGAACGUGCAGCAUGUUGCGGGGCUUAACCCCAAGGCAUUCCGUGUUGUUCGCAACGACCGAGUUGCGAGGCCGCUCACUAAGGGUAUCCUUGAUGGGAAUCUCUUGGCCGCAUUUGAAGAUCUGCCUGUUCCGCGUCAGGUUGAGGUAACCCGCCAGAUAGCUACAGAGAGGACAACAGUCCUCAAAGACUGGCUGGACCUAGGUGGCGCAUGGUGA